AUGAAUUCUGAAGUAACUGUUAACGAACUAACUAAUAAUAAAUUUAAUAAUUUAUUAUUUAAAACCACUACUGACUCUAACCCGACAAAUUCAAGUGAUACAGUAAAUAAUCAAAUAGAUUUGGAGGUACAAUCUGAUGUCAAAUGGGAAUAUUCAAAUUGUAUUCCUGAUUUUGACGGAAAUCCAAAUGACUUGAAUAGAUUUAUUUCUGUUAGCGAAUCACUCAUAAGUAAUUUCAUUAAUAGAACUAAUCCUAAACCUUUUAAAAAUAACUCGAGACCAAUAUAUGAUUUCAAACCUAAUUAUCAACCACCUAUUCAAAAUCAACAGAACAACUUUCCUUCACAACCAAUCCCAAUAAAUCAAAGAACUACACAUCAAAAUUUUACUAGAGCCUCACAAGUUUUCAACAGGCCCGAUCAAAAUAUAAACGUCUUCAGGCCAAAUCCGAACGCAAACUUACCUAAGCCAAGACCCAUGUCCAUUAGCACACGAGCUACCGCUCCAAAUAUCCAAAAUCAACCAAUAUAUAAAGGGCCGCCGCCAUCUACAAACAAUUUUAGACAAUCUAAACAGCCGAACUAUACUUCUGGAGAAUUAUAUAACGUCGAUAUUCAAGAAAACUAUGAUCCCGAAAAUUGGGAAUAUUUGAAUAAUAAUUAUGAUGAUUCUGAUCAUACUACUGAUCAACUUUACCUAAAUAAUUCUAAUUCUAAUAAUGACGAUAGAUUAAAUAGAAACGAAAAUUUUCGAUAA